AUGAAGACGAAUGUCGUCAAUUGCGGAGAUCGAACCCAUUUUAGGUAGUUACCACUGUCUGGAUGCCGUUGCAUUUUGUAGCCUUGGAGGGAAAAAGCACUCCCUUUAACAAAUACGUUACGUAACUCACUGUUCCAACAGUUCGAUUUGCCAUUCUUUGUCAUAGUCUGAACUGAGUAGCGAAAUGGAAUGGACGUUUGACUGUUUUUCCGAGGUGUUUGACCCCGCUCUGAUUAUUUUUCCCAUUUUCGCCGCCUUGCCUGUUUGUCGCCAUCUGAAGGGUUUGGUAGCGCUGGUAUCGGCUUGUCGCCGUGGUUGCUCGUCAUUUUGGAGGAGGGUGGUUGAGCUUGUGCUUGGCCGUUUGUGCCGAUUAUUCGUCGGCUUCCUCUUCUGGUGGGGUGGCUUUUAGGUCGCCACUGGCCGACCUCCCUGUCAUUCUUAUUAGACUUGUCCCGUCCAUCCUGUGCCUGCUUCGGUGGCAUUAGUGCGUGGCUGGACGGAGAUCGAUGUUCUAGCUGAUUCAGUUGACCAUGCCGACAUUAUAGACCAUUCAGUCAUCCGGCUGCCUUCAUUCACAAUAAUCCUUCCCCAGAAAUCGAAACUGUAACUAACUUCCACACUUUGUGUUUUGGGUUAAGAGUUUUGUUCCGAGUCACCCUACGGCCACCUGGUGUUCGUGCGAUUAAAUCUGCACUUUUCGUUCAUUCUCCCCGACGUAAUUUUAGCCACUGAAUGACCACUCCGAGACUCAUGGCUCAUCUGUUUAACCAAUUUGUUUAUUCCCAUCACAUUUUCGAUUCGUGCUCUUACCUCUGCCUACUGUCCGUUGGCGACCAGUAGAUUAGGCUGCCGUAUUUGAAGUGAACGUACUCUUUUUAACAUACUUAUUUUCACCUGUCCUGGACGUCGAACUGUUUUCGCCUUUAAAUAAUUUAUAAAAUUUUACCUUCGUUGUACUAGCCUUUUCCUCCAUGAUCCAGCUCAUGUAGCUGCGUAGUCAACAUAACUGGCUGUUCUUAUUGCCUCUAGACAUCUCUCCGGGCCAGUUAACUUCUCUGUUCCCCUGCCAAUCCUUCUGGUGAAGUUCAUGCAGCCUGCUACGAUGGAUCAGUCUACCUUCUUUUCGCGCUGGAAACUGCUUUGCCAGUACGUAUAAUUACUCUAGUACUUUUGACUCCCUUCUAAUACCACAGUCUCGUCCUUUGGGGCGGGGGGAGACAGGGGGACCACCACUGUCCCCCAGAUGACCAGUGGUGACUUGUUCGUGAAGUUCUUAGUAUUGAGGUUGGCUCGUGCAACAUUUUAUAAACUCCGCCUUCGUACGCCCACCGUAUCUCAAUGGCAGGGCUAAGUCAUGACAAUUGGAGCUGAACUUGAAAGCAUUAGCUGACAGAGCUGAACUAAGGUGUGUGAGUGCCAUACGUACCGGCCUUUAGAAUAUCGGUCUUGGAUAUCCCAUUGACGCGAGUUGAUUGAAAGGCCACAUUAUUAAGCACCCACUGCAACCUUAUCCUCAGUCCUGAGUACAACUUAACCAUCCUGUCAGAUUUCCGUCUUCCAAGCCUUGACUUUCAACUCAUGAUAGUUUAAUGCGCAUUACAUUUUUGUAGUUCGGAUAUCAUGUGCUGUGUCUACGUUGGGUCGGCUUCACUCCCUCCCGUCAUGUGACAGUUUGACCGUCAUUUCCGACGAUGUCCACCGUGUGCUCCACAGCGUGGAGGGCGCAGGGACGGUGGCUUACGCGUGAAUUAGUUUACGGUGAUAAUAGGUAUGCUUCUCAUCGACCGCACUUCUUCCUCCUCCCCACCUGGACCCGGUGUCAAAACAGAUUCAAGAAGACUGGUGGCGGGAUCGAGUGCAAGUGGCCUGCGGGGCGUGAACCCACAUCUAGGCGUGCCACUACACUUCCUGGUCCGUGCACAAAGGACCAGUAUUUCACACGAGAGAGUUGACUCUGAUCCCAACUGAGUGAGAGUGCCCUAAAGGCCAAAUUAAGAAGGAGCCAUUGCAGCCUGACUCUUCGUCCUGAAAAGAGGACCGUAUUACCACCGGUGUAUGUUCCAAUCAAACUGACCGCGGAUCAGAUUGAAAACAGUGACUGCUGUGGUAAAGGCCUCCCUCAUCGCGUGUCACUCGCUUUUUGGUCACUACACGCACACAAACGGUGUUUCCUAAGAAAGCUCUAUGUUCUCUCAUCGGAAACUUGCAGCGGCUAGCUGAUUGGUGUAUUUUAAUCACAACAACAACCAGACCGGGUUGUCGAUAGCAGGAGAAGGCGGACGACACUAGAAUGGAAAGUUCUUCUGUUUAGAAAUUCGAGUUGCCGUCUCAGGCGGCAGUAGCUGCUGGCGAUACCAGCUUAUGUGUUGGCAGUGUUGGAUUAUAUCCGAUAGAGAGAAUGCUGUCGGCUACUUUUAUCGGUUGGUGGGUUAAGUCAAGGGCUUCAUGUCUUAGCAUAUCUUGUGGCGUUUGAGACCCACGUCACAUUAACUGGGCGGAUGUUACAGUCAGUGAACGAAGUCGAUCAGGCUGGGAAGGUGCUUGGCCUUGGAACAGUUAGACUUUGAGUGGUGUUUGGCGCCGUUUUGACGGUCGACAGCGACAAGACUUGUGGUAAAGGCUCACAGCAGCUUUUCCAGUCCAGAGAAGUGCCGGUUUAUCUUUCCAUCUGACGGCCGUCGAGGGCUAAGAGUGCGACGGAUUUUUGACGGUUCGUAAAGUGGCCUCGAGUUCACCCCUGCCCUUCCCUCUCCCGCCGCGCCGCCCCACUGCCAUGUCUGAGUACAACCGACUUCGAUUAUGAAACAGGGCAAGGCAUAUGAUGUGAUUUAACGCAUGCCAUACCUGUUUCAUUGCCACAUAACUCAAUCGCAGCAGCACAGCCCGUUUUUUGUAACCCACAUACAAGACCACCUACUUUUCUACCUUUUGCGCCCUCGCACGAAAAAUGAUGCAUGUUCCCUUUUUCUGUAGGCCUGAUCAAGAAUCUCAGCGCGCUGCUCCCGGCCAAAUGUCGGUUGAUCCAGAAGAAGCUAAGCAGAGGGUGAGUACUUACCGCACCUCUUCACUUGUUUACCAUCCAGCUGGUCCUGAAAUUUUUAAGCCUCUUGCUGGGAGCCUUCAUCCGCCUGUGUUGAUUACAUAACCACAAUUAAUAUUUCCCAAAAGUGGGGCACAACAUUUCCGCUUUAUAUUUUUAUUCUUAGGUCACUAGGUCCUCAUGAAAAUGUUUGUUUAAAUGUAUAAAUUCUUUUUUACAUCAACAAGUCAGUGGGUAUUUGACUCCAGGAGUACACAUACAGUUUUCUCCCCCUGGGGGAAGAGUCACAUUACGCUGCAGGGGCUGGAGAUUGGAGGUCGAUAACAUGUCAAGUUGGUCGUGGAAGUUGAGAAGGCGCUGGAAUUGAUCCGGUCAUCGUUCAACCUUGUCGGAGUUGCCGACAGCAAUGCCGCCAUUCACAUCGUAAAAAAGUCACUCAGUGUGUGGAUCCUACCGCUAACUUGGCGGAUACUUUGGUAGUUUUUGAGUGUAAUCAACGUCUCGGACCUGUUCCGUUGAGGUCACCAUUUUCAAAUCAAUCAUUCUUGCGGUCGCCUCUUGGUGACUUUGUGUUCAUUUUUCAGAGUUGACAGAAGGAAUCAUCGUUGCAGUGCCUGACUCACGCCGUCUGGGCAGACAACUGCAACUCUCUUCCACCGAUCCAAUCACUGUGGCGCUGAUGGGUCAACCUAAACGUUUCCUGAGGUGCCCCGUAGAUUGAUGACUUUGGUGAUGGUCACUGACUACUUCCAUCUCCAUCGGCUUAAGUCGUAAAACGAGACUGGAUUUGUGUGCUAUGGGCCUCGAUGGUGCCGAGUUGUCGAAGUUUUGCGACAUUGAGGCGUCUUCUUCGUGAUGUUUUGGGUGCAGCUGAGAGGUGCACUUCCAGGUGUGUAAGAACGAGGACAUAGUCCGGCCCAUAAGCGUUACUAGUCUGGGCACCAGGCAUGAAUUUCCUAUUGUGGACCUAGCUGCGGAACCUUAAACCAAGUAGGAUGUGGUCGAUCUGACUGGCCGUAUGGACGUCGUUUAAAUAUGAAGUUGGCAGAUAUUUAUGGCCAUGCUAGAAGCACGUAUUGGUGACAAACGGCCAAUUAUGAUUCGUAGAGUCCUGCAUUCUCUCACGAUUGCCGUAUCGAGAGCCAAGCCCAAAGUCACCACUUAGGUGACUGAAGAGUCAUUAGGUCUCAUCCGGCCAUUCCAGACCCCAGCAAGAAUCAGCCUCUCACGACGAGGAAGCCUUUAAACCAACUCUUGCAGUCACAAGUAGAAAAUUUCUCUUUCGCGCUGGUCGACAACUGAUGUUGGUACGUACACGGAGACUUCAGGGAUCUUCGUAAAGUGAUCCUUCGGCCGUGAGUUAGUCAUCUGGUUACUGACUGGUUCUCAUGCAAGUAGGGUACUGUUUGCUUUCUGUAGGAGGGCGAUUGCCACAUCGUGUCUGCAAGAAAAGUUGCGUGGGUCGUCGUGGUACAGGGUUAAGCGGAUUUGGCUCCCGGGAUCUUUAUUUUCUGAACGUGAGACGAGCUGUAUACAUCCGCUUUAUGUUGACGCCAGACUUUGGGUGUCAGGUUCCGUUGAAGUUCGCGCAUUCCAUUAUCAAUAUGCAGAGUUCGUCCCCGAUUUAGUAGUCCAGCUCGCAUACUAUUCGGCUGCACGACUAAACCAGCGUUGCAGAGCGCGUCGGUCCCCGUGAAUGCCGUAAUACCGUAGUCUGAGAUUUUCAUGAGGUUUCUUAUGCAUUUUGAUUAUUAGUGGAUCCAAAACAGCCGCUCAGAUUGUUUGUUCGAGGUUAUCUCCUCCACUGCUUCGGCGCGAGACUAACCACAAAACAAUAAUGACGAAUAAACUUGUUAAAUGGCAGCUUACGGUCGCCGUGUCACAUUUGUAAGACAGCCGGUGUGCCAGACCUCAAACGUCUUUACUCUGUUAGCAUUGUAGCUGGUGGUCCGCGACUGCUUAUUCGCCAGACCUGAGAGCCUGUUUAUUUUGCAGCUGACCUUCACUGACAGUCACUCACCUCUUCGCCACCUGUGGCCGCGUCGGGUAGCCAGCAACCUUGCCAGCCAGUAACCCGCCGUCCUAUAGGUUUCAAUUAAUCGGGCCACAUUGGCUCGUCGCAUAUGUCCCAGUUCAAAUGUUGACUCGACUAUCAGAAGUACAUAAACAAUUAAGACGCAUAUUGGGGUCCGUCAGCGGAAAUCGAGUUACACGUAGGCGCCUAGACCGCUACUCUUGUUUUCUCCCCGAUUCGUCGCUCUCACCGAUUGCGCUGCGGAGCAUGCCUUGCACCAGGAAGCUCCCUCAACUGACCGAUCAGCCUGACCCGUGAUCUAUGCAGGUCUGUCGACUGAACGUGUCAUCUCUGCUGUUAGAAAUCGCGCUCUAACCUUUGUCCCCCUAAUUCCGGCGACGGGUUGAGGGUGUACUUUCCGAGUCCCUCGUACCUAUAAGGAUUCCGCGGUGCAGAAGGAAUUCAGAUGAAAACAAAUUAUACUUCAGUGCCCAUUUUUGCCAGAACCGGGUGAACGUGUGAAUUUGGAAAGAGGCCGACUGAUUCUUGGAUUCUCACACCCAAGCUUUCUUUCGUCUUUGGUUCUGCGUCAUAGUUGCUUUCCAUUCUUCGUGACCGUUACACAUAAUUAUCAUAACGCCCGACGUGUUCCUGAUCUCUGUUGAAUUCUGGCAAGACGACCGUUGCAUUUGGAUUUCUCGCAAUGCGUGCCCUGACCAUUCCUCGCCUUAAUCACCGCGUCUAUGACUUUCGCGACACUUUGCUGGCCGGUUACUGUCUGAACCAGUAAUUUUCCGUCUCACCUUUUUAACUGGCAGCGGGCCUCAUCUGCUCUGAAUGUACUGUCCCUUUGUUAAUUGCACCAAAUGCAUCACCAUUUGACUUACUCGAAACUGUCUUAGUUCAGGAAAGAUCCUUCCUAUGUGGGCAUGUAGCUUGCAAACCAGUCGCGUCCACCUUAUUAUUCUCAGUGUCUUCUGAUGGUGCAGACCUGCUCAUCUCAUGCAGUGCUUACAACUAAAUCUAGGUGUGAAGUACAUGUCCUCACUUCUCGAGGUGAUCUUCAGUAGCCCGAUACCGAAAGUACUCUGGCGGUAGCUGUUUUCCAUCCUUCCCAGCGUCUCCAUCACUCUUUCACUUCCCUAGGAAUUCAAUCACCUGAUCCUCCACAUUUCAGUGACCCGCCAGGUUUCCCAUUGGUAGACUGACAAGCUCGAUGGAAACCAAAACGGCAGUCUUGUUUAUGGGUAUGGUAACAGAGGUGGCCCUGACUGUAGAGUAUAGGAAUGCACCUGGAACAGCUGUUGCCCAAGUCCGUCAUGAACAUUGCUGCUUGGUUCAUUUUCAGUCCACUCAGUGGUUAUCUAUUCGCAGCCCCUACCAACAAAGGACGGAAAUACCUUGUUCUUAGGCGCCAAUCAGAUUGCCAUGCAACUAUCUUCCUGUAGUCUCGCCUUAUCUGCUGGCGUUGCCUGUGCUGUUCACCCGCGGCAUUGACCUGCAGGACUGACUCAUGGUUUGGACGUUUUUUGCCAGACACCAUCCAUGAACGACCUGUAUGAUAUUGAAGGUGCCAUACUCAUGCGCCCUCGUUUCAAGCAGUGUCGCCAAAAAGCAACUGGUCACGACUUUUUCGGAAUACGCGACAAGCAAGACACCUUUGUCUACUUUUUUUCUAUUACGGUUAGGUAACGGACAUUUUUGCGCAACCAGGCAGUUUAAUUCGCUCGGAGGCCCUAUAUUUUAUUAUAUUUUCCAUCAGCACAUCUAUUUUUUUUACAAUUUUUGGCAACACGAGAGGUGUUGUGUUCACAUGCGCACGUGGAUACCACUCAGUCUCGUUUUUAUACCUUCAAUACUUUAGAUUCUAGGCUCCGGGUUGAGCCUCCUUCCUGGUAUCGACCCUUGCCCAACAAAUUUUGUGGGCGCUGGGAUAGUGCAUACAACUGCGCAACAAAUCGGAGUUCUCGCCAGGAUAGAGCCCAGCGUAAGCCUCGCAUUAAAUUAUAUAUCUUUUUAAAUCAUAUUCUCCUAAAAAGAGUCAAAUCAGUUUCGUCUCAUUAAUCGCUCCCUAGGGCAAAAUCUUGAACCACACAGUCGUUGAGACUCACUAGCUCGACGGUCUCAGACAAAUUGUUCGAACCGAGCACAUUUUAUUACGUUUCCUAGACUCAGCCUAUGCCUCCAUUUUCCCUCCCCUUGUAGACCUUACGUGUGACUGUUCGCAGCACGAAAUCGGCAGUUUCCGACAUCGUCUGUUCGCUGCUUAUGGCCCAACUCCAAUGA